AUGUAUUCUAUAAUAUCUAUACUUAUCUUCAGUUUGUUCUACAAUAUUACAGUUUCAUCAGAAUGUGAAUCAAAUGCAACAUUAUGGACUUAUUAUCCUUGUUCAUUUAUUAUUACUCCAAUAUCAUUCAAUUGUCAGCAUAUAACAAUUAAUUCAUCAAUUGAUCAAUGUACAAAUAGAGAAAUGACAUUUUUUUGGCAUUUUCCAUUUGGUAAUAUGACAUUAACUCUUCAAUCAGACAAAAAUCGACCAUUUUUAUUACGUUUAUCUAAACCAUCAUUAUCAUCAAAUAAAUUAAUUAAAAAUAUUUAUCAUCUCGUACAUAACAAAGCAUCUGAAGAACAAUUAGUAUUUAAUAAUGAUGGAAAUGCAAUAAUUACACUAUAUUCGGAUAGAUAUAAUCAAUGCUCUAUGAAAUUUGAAACGAUAAAUCCAAAUCUUUUUGAUUAUGGAACAUUUAUUCGAAUGACAGUUUCGACUGAUCCGAGUAAAAAUCUUUAA